AUGCCAGUUACAAGGUCCACCGGGAGGCGGGCGGAAUCAGCGUCUGUUACAGCAACCUCGGCGACAGCGACUUCGGCGACAGCGACGUCCGCUACAGCGACGUCGGCGACCGUCACCGGAACAACUGAAGCAACCGAAGAAACAAUCGCCGAGAGCACAGCGACACACACCGCUACGCUUCGGGAAGCCGCGCCUUGCACCGCUGCGGAGGAGCGACCUGCCGCCGCAACGGAACAAUCGACGCAAGAGCGAGCCCGAAGCAAAACAGCGUCGUCAACUAAACACGCUUCAAGGGCACGCCGCCUGGCACAGGCCAGGGCUGAACUCACCGCACUGAAAAUAGAGCUAGCGGCCGCCAAGCUAGCUGAAAUCGAGGCGGAGGAUAGCGAGGACGACCUCGAAUCCGUCAUAACGGAGGCCGGACAAGAUUGCCGAGUACAUAGCUGGGUUCAAACUAGCCAAUUACUCGCGAUCGAGAGCCGACCGACCGAUGUUGCGACGGGAAAGCAAGCCCCUAUACAGUCAUCGGACCCAGUGAUCGCUGCCGUAUCAUGGGACAACCCGGCGACUGUACCGGCGGGAGCCAUGAACCCGACUGCGCAGCCUGAAGUGCCAACGAUUGAAGCCGCAUCGUGGCAACGAACUCAACAAGCUACGCAGCCGCCGCCUGUAAUCGCCGCACGGAGCGACGAACACCGCGCUACGAAGCAACCGCCGCCCGUCGUAGCAGCCUGGCUACGAGACAACUCAGCUUCGCAGCAACCGCAAUCAACGCCGAACCCGCAACAAGUGCAAGACGGCGCGUUGGUCGCAUCGCGACCGAGGACGGAGUAUCAAGAACUCGCGUCCGCCAUAACACAAGCUGUGCAAGCCGCACAGCAUAGGCAACCUUUAAGGUACACAGAGUUGCCUACGUUCAACGGUGAUCAUCACGAUUGGCUCACAUAUAGAGCGGCCUACAUAGAGUCCAUGAGCCACUUCACGACGUUGGAAAACAUGUCCCGGCUACGCCGUAGCCUCCGGGGCAUCGCCAAGGAAGCAGUACAGGGACUGCUUAUAACCAACGCCGACCCGAACACCGUGUUAAAGAGUCUGGAAACGAACAAACAACACACAUGCAAGCCGAAGAAAUGCGACAUCAACGGGUGCAGUAUCUACAUCACCGCUUGCUGCACUCGGAGCGAAAAAACAAGAUCACCGACGCACCCGGCGAAGCAGUGA